AUGAGCAGAAAAUUUGAGAUACAUAUUUCCGUACAUAUAGUAAAUAAUGAAAGCAAAGGUGAUGACGAUCUUUAUAAAAUAGGCUACGAGGUGUGCGAUAAUGACGAAGAUAUUAUUUUUACACCUACCAUAUUUGUGGAGGCGUUUGCUUGUUUUGCCAAGGAUGAAGAUCUGAUAUAUAAGGUGGAUCCCGAGACGUUACGUCACAGAUUAGAAUUUUAUCAAUCCGAAUCGGCGGUACCACCAGACGUUGUUACUAAAAUUGAAAAUAUAAUCAAAUAUAUUGAACGACACUACGACGACGACUAUAUCGGUGUAACUAUUGUAUAUGCAGAAGAAUGA